GAGAUUCUCAGGAUAGUUCGUUGCGAUUAAUUUAACGUUUGUAAUGGGAUUACUGGUAACUUCGUGGAGGAAUACAUUUGAGAAUAAAACUAUUAUCAAUGAAAAUAACACUCUUUUAACGUUAUUGUAUUUAGCAAAUCCGUAGAUGAGUUAAUAUGCUCUACAAUCAUUUAAUUAUGUUCUUUAAUAAUUUUAUAUAUCAUAUCUACUAUAACUCUAUCGAAUUUACGAUGGCGCUGCAGUGUGCGCUCUUUGAACUAACAGACGAGCGGCGGGAUGUUUGAAAUAUUAAUUAUAUAAAAUAAUGAAUUAAUUAUAUAUUAAUACACACUGAAUUUAAACGUUCAAUUCGCCUGUGUUACAUCGUACGGUGAACAAUGUGAUGUAUGUCGAUUACAGGAAAUUAUAAAUUCAAGUAAUUUUCAUCUCAACUUACUUUUUUAUCUAAAGAAAUGUCAACUAUGGACGAGCUUCAAGAGCAACCGAUACUUCAGGAGUUAUUGAAACAUGUCAAAACAGACUCUAAAAGUGGAAUCUCGUCAUGCUUGGUACGGCUAAAAAACGAACCCAAGUGCUACAAGCAAUUCGCUAAAGAUGGAGGGUUGGGCAUUUUAGUAAAUUUACUUCGUUGUCAUAAUUUGAAUAUAUUGAAUAUGACUUUGAGUAUUCUAGCGAAUGCGUGUAUACACUCAGAUGCAAGAGAGAAGGUGAAAGGAUCUAAAAUAGCGAAUAAUGUAGUCUCUAUAAUAAAAUAUACAAAACUAGGAAAUACUUUGCACUGCCGUGCAUGUAGACUAAUUGGAAACUUGUCAGAAUGCGAUUGGCAUGCCAAAUCAUUAUGCCAAGCUGGUGCAAUUCAAGCGGUAGUUGAUCUUCUGCAAUUAGACGCGAAUAUGCAAACUUAUUUGAUGAGUGUCAGAGCUAUAAGAAAUAUUUGGAGUAUAUACGAAGGUAGUAGGGAAGAAAUUUUAGAAACUGGAGUUAUACAUAGAGUCACAGGUUUAUUAAUAAUGGCAGUAGAAAAAUCACAAACAGGCACAAAAUAUUUAGAGCUAGUAGAAACUUGUGUGAAAGCUAUGUGCGUAUUUUUAGUUACGCUUGAUCCUCGAGUUGGGGAACAAAUGAGGGGAGAGAAAGAUUUGCAGGGCUAUAAAUGCAUUGUGCAGUGUUGCAAUAUGAAAAAUAAAAUGGCCAUUAAGUGCCUGUACAAUCUUUGCCAAAUAGCAGAGUGCCGGCCUGUCUUGGGAAAUUCUGGUGCUAUCGAAAGUCUCAUAACUCUUAUUAAGGAUCAUUCGGAAUUGUAUAAAGAGAUAUUGGCCAGUUUAUGCCUGUUUUGUCGGGAGGCUGUCAAUCGCGCAAGAAUUAGAACUGGAUCCGGUCUAGAGUUAAUGCUGUCUUUAUUACAAAAUCCUGAAAACGAGAGAUAUCAUCCUAUACUGCUACAUGCGCUGGCACAAUUUGUUUACGAUGAUCCGAGUAUUGUGAUAAUGGUGAAGAACGGUUUGCUCGACGUUCUAAUUACCAGGUUGAACAAAAUGGUGUCUGAAGUUAUGAUUGUCGAGGAGAACAACGUUUCAAAGAAGAGAGGCAACGAAUCACCGCCUAACAGACAAACGGAAGUCAAAUUUAAUAAGACCAGUUUAGGACGAUUCAGUUCAGAUUAUUAUCGCGACGAUUGGAGUCCGGGCAGUGCAACCAGUGUCUCUUCCUCGCCCCCUAGCACACCCCCAUUGCCAUUCUACGAUUCCAUAGAAAACGACGAAAACACGGAGGACAAUUACAGUCCAGUUUGCAGUGACAGUGAAUUUAUGGACAACGAGGAUGAACCUCAAGAAGAAGUGGAAUCAGUAAAAAGUUGCAAAUCAGUGACUAUAGAAGUAGAAGAGUGUCAAAGUUCAGAAAAAGGGAACAGAUCAAGUCACUGCGAGCACGCGAAUGUUUGGACGUUAGUGUUAUUAAGUCGUCUGAGUCAUUCGAACGAUCCAAUCGAGCGACUGGCCGACUCCACGACGAUCGAGCCACUGUCGGCUUACAUUAGACACGCCAAAAACCCGAGAGCCUCAAGAAUUCUGACUCGAAUCAUAAGAAACGAGGCAUAUCUGAUGACGCUGUUGAAGCAAGGUUUCGUCUUCGAAGCUCAAACACUGUACGGUUCGGAGCAGUACACGAGACAGCUGUGUGCCCUAGCGGAAACCGGCGGAGCGAUCGGCGAACUGACGUCCAUCCUGCUGCGCGGGGACGAAGCUCACAAAUUAGUGAUCGCGGUCUCGAUACCGUUUCUAAUCAAAUCGCGGUACAUUCUCAGGUCCCUGCUGAACAAUUACGGUGCCCUGCCGCUGAUAUUCCGCGUGCUGUCCGACCAGCGGCACAACCUUCACGAGAACGCCGUCUGGUCGAUUUGCCGGCUGGCGAACACGUUGCAGAUACAGCCGGAGAUAAUAGACAAGUGUCAGAUCACCGACACCGCUUCGACGGACUUCCCGAGGGUGUACGACAACCAUCCGAAACCGGCGACGGUCACGUUCGAGCUGGACGACGGCAGCACCGUCGACGCCUGCAGACACACCCUGUGUCAGAAAUCCGACGCCUUCUCCGCCAUGCUCGAGGGAAAUUUUUCCGAAUCGGGGAAGAAACGCGUGAAGCUGCGGAACACGUCGAGAGACGGCCUCAACACGCUGCUGUUGGCCGUGACCGGUGCCACUUUCGAAAACCGAACCAUCGAGUCUCUAUUGGACGCUGUGCUACUAGCAGACAAGUUCCUCAUGACCGACGUGUCGGACGUUCUGACGGAAAGCUCGAUUUCCAAGUUGAAUUACAAGAACUUCAGUCGAGCUUGGAACUGGGCGAAGAACAACGCGUGCCACGAGCUGAAGUCCUGCUGCGUGAAGAGUUUCCUCACCGCUUCGAUGACGCAUUCCGAGAGAAUACAGGCGUUCCAGGACUUCUCCGCCAGCGGCAGUUUCAACGAAUUCCUGGACGAGGUGAAGCAGAUCAUCAACGGCGUUCUAUGUCAACGUUAACGACACAGUCAUUUAACUUAAUUGUGAUAUUAAUAGUCGCGAAAUCGUAGGGUACUCGACCGUUUAAGCAUGGAGACACUCGGUGAAGUUUUUAUAUCACGGAAUCUUUUAUUCGUCGCAUCAUUAUACUUACUGUGAAUAUAUUUUAAGACGUGGAAUUGAUGUAUAUUAAGAAUUCUUAUACAUAUGUAGCUAUAAUUCGCUUAAAAUCAUAUAUAUAUAUAU